ACAUUUUAACUGAACCUGCUUUUGAGCACCACUGCUCUAGAGAAGGUACAAAAGUCCCAAUUCUCCCUCGGAUCAAUUGGUUUAAAAUAUGCUGAAAUGUUUAGAAACAUGUUUCCUUCCUCAGCUUCCACAUACUGCACUUCACAGUGAGCGUACUUUUUUGUUAUAAAUCUAUUUUCCAUGAUAAGUUUGUCACCUGUUGCUCUUAUGUGUCUCUGUCCUGGUUUGACCCUCAGUGUGUCCACUGCGCGCCUGACGGAGGUGACAUCUGUGGCAUAUCUCUCCUCCCAUUCUGCCUCACUUGUUCUCCUCUGUGUGUCAUCCACACCCUGGGUGAAAGCCUCGACUACCUCCUCCUCCAGUAAAAACACCCCCCACGUCCUUCCCUCCAACGGCCCUCCUCUCCGGUGGUCCUUGCACUUUCACACUCAGCAUCAGUCACUCUCCCUUCUUCAACACCGGACGACAGUCAUAGGAGCGACAGAGGAACAUGUUGCUGCACAAACUGUUUGUUUGGAUCCUCUCAGUCGUCUGUGGCACCGAGGUGGGUUUGGGAUUCGUUUACGAUCGUCCCAGACGCUCCAGAGAAGACGGGACCUCGGCCAGGACCGAGUCUCGUCCUGUGUACGUUCCGACCUCCGGCUCCUGCAGGAACAGGUGUUUCGAGCUGGUCGAGCUUGACCCACCCAACUGUCGCUGUGACAACCUCUGUAAGACCUACAACAGCUGCUGCUCUGACUUUGACCAACUCUGCCUCAGGACAGAGGGGGGAUACGAGUGUCGUAAGGAUCGAUGUGGGGAGACUCGAAAUGAGCAGCACGCCUGUCACUGCUCUGAUGACUGUCUGGCCAGAGGAGACUGUUGUACCAACUACAGGUCACUGUGUAAAGGGGACACUUCAUGGCUGCAGGACGAGUGUGACGAGAUCAAGACUUCUGAAUGUCCAGCUGGGUUUGUGCGUCCACCGCUCAUCAUCCUGUCCGUGGAUGGAUUCAGAGCAUCUUACGUGAAGAGAGGAAACACCGUCAUACCCAACAUCGACAAACUCAGAACGUGUGGAACCCAUGCUCCAUACAUGAGACCUGUCUAUCCGUCCAAAACCUUUCCCAACCUCUACUCCCUGGCUACGGGCCUCUAUCCAGAGUCUCAUGGUAUCAUUGGCAACUCCAUGUAUGACCCAGUGUUUGACGCCACCUUCACCCUGAGGAGCCGAGAGAAACUCAAUCAUCGCUGGUGGGGAGGACAGCCGAUCUGGAUCACGGCACUCAAACAGGGACUGAAGGCUGCCACUUUCUUCUGGCCUGUUGGCAUCUCAUUAGAGAGGAGGAUACUCACCAUGUUGCAGUGGCUGCACCUUCCUGAAGGUGAAAGGCCCUAUGUUUACGCCAUGCACUCUGAACAGCCGGACACAUUCGGACACAAAAUGGGCCCCAUGAGCGCAGACCUGAACAGUCCUCUGAGGUUCAUUGACAGAAUCGUUGGUCAGCUCAUGGACGGACUGAAGCAGAUGAAACUGCACCGCUGUGUCAACAUCAUCCUGGUGGGCGAUCAUGGUAUGGAGGAGGCUCACUGUGAUCGCACCGAGUUCCUCAGUAACUACCUGAACAACGUUGACGACAUCAUCCUCGUCCCCGGCUCCCUCGGCAGAAUUCGCUCCAGAAACCCCAACAACCCUAAAUAUGACCCCAAGGCUGUCGUUGCAAACUUAACAUGUAAGAAAGCAGACCAGCACUUUAAGCCGUACUUGAAGCAGCACCUUCCCAAGAGAUUGCACUACGCUCACAAUCGACGCAUUGAAGAUAUUCAUUUGCUGGUGGAGAGGAAGUGGCACAUCGCCAGGAAAGUUCCUGAAGGGAAGAGACACUGUGGCUUCGCUGGUGACCAUGGAUAUGACAAUAAGAUCAACAGCAUGCAGACCAUUUUCUUGGGAUAUGGACCCAUGUUCAGAUUCAAGACUAAAGUUCCAGCCUUUGAAAACGUUGAGCUGUAUAAUGUCAUGUGUGAUCUGCUGGGAUUGAAACCAGCACCCAAUAACGGGACCCAUGGCAGUCUGAACCACCUGCUGAGGAGUCCCGUCUACAGACCCGCCAUGCCAGAGGAGGUUUCCAGACCACUAGUCACUGAUCUUGUUCCUGCGGGAGCAGAUGACCUGGGCUGCAACUGUGAUGACAAGAACAAAGUGGAGGAGCUAAACCAGCGACUGAGGCAAGCUAUUGAUGACAACAGGAACCUGCCGUACGGUCGACCCGCUGUGCUCUUCCGUACCAAAUACUCCAUCCUCCACCACAGCGACUACAUCAGCGGCUACAGUGAAUCUCUGUCUAUGCCCCUGUGGACGUCGUUCACUAUCAGCAGACAGGUGGAGUCGUCUCCUCUGCCAGACGCUCUGUCCAACUGUGUGAAGCCUGACAGCAGAGUUCCUCCAGCCUACAGUCAGUCGUGCACCAACUACAGAGCAAACAAACACAUCAGCUACGUCUUCCUGUUCCCACCACAAUUAUCCUCAACAAUAGAUAAAAAAUAUGAUGCUGUUCUCAUCACCAACACAGUCCCCAUGUAUCCUGCUUUCAAGAGAAUAUGGAGCUACUUCCAGCGAGCGCUGGUGAAGAAAUACGCCACCGAGAGGAACGGCGUGAACGUACUCAUCGGGCCCAUAUUUGACUACAACCAUGACGGCGUCAGAGACUCAGCAGAGAAAAUUAAAGAGUACAUAAGUGGAACGAUUCCCAUCCCCACUCACUAUUUUGUGGUGCUGACCAGCUGCUUGGACUUCACGCAGGCGGCGGACUCGUGCAGCGGCCCGCUCAGCAGCGCCGCGUUCAUCCUGCCGCACCGAGCCAGCAACGACGAAACCUGCAAUAGCUCAGAGGAGGAGGCCCGCUGGGUGGAGGACCUGAUGAAGAUGCACACAGCUCGGGUCAGAGAUGUGGAGAUCCUGACGGGCCUGGACCUUUACCGCAGAACCACCCGCAGCUACGCCGAAAUCCUCUCGCUCAAGACCUACAUGCACACGUACGAGAGCGAGAUCUGACUCUCCCCGUGUCGCCGAGCUUCUUCAACCUGUGGUGGAUGUUAUGUGGUAUGAGCAUGAGAGAUGUGAGCAGACGUCUCUGUUACACUGACUUACGCUAGCUUUGGCCUCCAGGUGGCACUGUGGCUGCCACCUGCAGUAUGUUGUCGUACCCCUUUGCUGAGCGUUUUUGGUUUAGUCUCAUUCAUUUAAAGACACAGCUUUAACACUACUGAGCACCAACGCUGAGGUACCGCCCACUAUAGUUUAACACAUUUCCUCCUCGCGCUGUUAUUGGUUCAUGCUCGUCAUUUUAGGCACCAGUGUGUGGGAUUUAGUGGCAUCUAAUGGUGAUGUUGCAUAUGGCAACAAGAGACUAUGGUGGCCUUGAAAAAGCCUCGUCUAGAGCCACUGGGCUACUGUACAAACAUGAUGGACUAAUGUAAUAUUAAGGGGCUGAUUCCAAGGAAAUAACGCAUUAAAGCAGAACUUUGCAGCAGAA